AGAAGAGUGUUGAAGUGGCGGAAAAGACGUAUCGGUUAAAAACAUAAAACGUACAUAUUUCUGGACUCGUUGAGCCGUUGGCGGCCUCACAUCAGGCAUGUUUAGCCCCCGCACCGCCCCGAGCUCCGGCCGCCGGCAGCAGGGCCGGACCACCGGGAGGAAGAGCGUCUCCGGAGCGGCCAACAGUCUCCUGUUCUCCCCGCGCAGGACGCCUCUGUCGGCGAGGUCCACACCCACCAGAGUGCAGAGCCAUGCAGCUGCAGAUUCAAUCAACUACGACGUCCAGACCUUCGGCUCAUCGCUACCUGUCAAAGUGAUGGAGGCUCUGACGAUGGCUGAUGCCGAUGACCAGAUCUCAGUGAAGGUGAAUGAGAGCGGAUGGGCCUGGAUGGUUUGUGGAGAGAGACUGAUCAUCUGGAAGAUCUGCCAGACCGCUGUGGCCAAGCUGUCGGUGUGUAAAGAGCUGCAGCUGCCCAGCAGCGAGUACAGCUACACAGCCGACCUCGUGGCCGUGACGUCCGCCGCUCCUCUGGAGACGGCCGCCGUUCAGUCCAUCUCCGUCCUGGCGGUGGCUACGGAGGGAACGGCGCGUUUCUGGCCCAGCCUGGCUCAGGAGGGCAACUUUACAGAGACAGACGUGGACCUGGGAGAUCUCUGCAACUUUGUAGUUGCCGUCAGAGGGGGAAGCUUCGUCUUGUCCUCAGUGAGGAGUCGGCUGUUGAGAGCGAGUUCAGAUUCUUCAGGGAAGCUGCAGUACCGAGCUCUGCUGCAGGGUCAGGGCAUGUUGUCUGGUAUCGGACGUCGUGUCUCCAGCCUGUUCGGCAUCCUCUCACCGCCAGCCAACGACACACUCCACAGCGUGCUGUGGUCGGGCCGAGCCGGCAGCCUGUACACGCUGACCAGCUCCAGUCUGAGUAAAUGGGAGGUGGGCGACAGCUGGGAGCACCAGACCCUCAGCUGGGACGCCCGCAGAGCUCUGACCGAGAGCAUCGCCGACGCCAUCUGGGGAUCAGAGAGCAACUACGAGGAGAUGAAGGAGGGAGUGAAUGUGGCGUAUCUCGACAUGAAGCUCAGCCAAUCCGGUCUGGUGGUGGUGGCCGCAGCCUGGCACCCGUCAGACACUCCCUGCCUGGCCUACUUCUGCCUGGUGACCCUGCAGGACAGCGGCGCCGCCAUCUCUGACCAGUUCACUGUGGAGGUCACCAAAUACAACCCUCCGUUCCAGAGCGAGGAGGCCCUGCAGGCCACGCGGCUCGUGUUGCCGCCCUCCCCCGGCUCCACCGCCUUCCUCUACAACGAAGAGCUGGUGUUCGCCUGCUCCACAGGAACCAGCAGGGGAGGGCUGCCUGAUGAGAAGCUCAGCUUUAACUCCGCCGGUGACGGUGUUCGCGGAGGAGGCUGCUGCGCCAACCUGCCGGUGUUUUUCUCCCAGAACAGCGGCCUGGUGGCGGUGGUGGCCCGGGAGAGCGCCUCCAUCCUGCCGGAGACCAUGGAGGACUCGCUUUGCUCCUCGCUGGCUGCAGCCCCGGAGGUUUCGGCCAUGGAGACUCCGACCAGAGCCGAGCCCGUCGCUCAGGAGGACAAGACCAAACUCCUGAAGGCGGCCUUCCUGCAGUUCUGCCGUAACGACCUGGUGGGGGCUCAGACGGUCACGGACGAGCUCUUCCCCGCUGACGGUGACGGAGAGGAGGGGGCGGAGCUGGACAGCGUGGUGACUCAGAUCAACCUGGACCUGGUGGACGAUUACCCGGCCUCAGACCCCCGCUGGGCUGAAUCUGUGCCUGAUGAGAGCAUCGGCUUUCCUCUCACCUCCCUCAUCAUCCUCCACCAGCUGGAGGACAAGAUGAAGGCUCACGGCUGCUUCAUGGACUUCCUGCUCCAGGUGGGUCUGCUGGACCGGCUCGGCCAGGUGACGGUGCGGUCGUCUCCCAUGGCGACGCGCCUGCUGCUGUGUGAACACGCCGAGAAGCUGCAGGCGGCCAUGGUGCUGAAGAACCACCACACCAAACACGCCGAGCUGGUCAACCGGGCCAUCGGCGCCGCGCUGCAGAGGAACAACGCCGCCGUGCCGCCCAGCCUCACCGCCGCCGACGUCUUCUUCAGAGAGGUGUCUCAGAUCUCCGCGGUGUUCGACUGUCUGCUGGAGGAGGAGGAGCGGAGUCUGAAGGAGAGCCCGGUCGACUCGGUGCAGUGGGCCGAGGUGGUUCUGAACGUCAACAACAUCAUCAAGGACAUGCUUCAGGCUGCUGGUCAGUACAGAGAGACCAAGGCCUCCAUGUACAGAGCUUCUGAAAACGCCGCUGCAGAGCCGGAGUACGUCCCCUGGACAGCGUCCGGCGGCGUGGGCGGCGUUCGCUCCGUCAUCUCCCGCCAGCACGAGAUCAUCCUGCGCUCAGUGUACCCGCACGCCGACUCGACGCUCCGCAGCGCCCUGUGCGAGCAGCUGGUGGCGCUGCUGGACAUCUAUCUGGGCGGCUGGGUGGCCCAGCUGACCUCCCUGCAGCAGCAGAGGCCCCCGGGGGCCCAACAGGAGCGCUACAACAGCCUGGAGAUGGAGUACAGCCAGCGGCGCUCGGAGCUGCUGCAGCCGCUGCUGGAGCUGGGUCAGUACCAGUGGGUGGCGGCGCUGGCUGAGAAGUUCUGUGACUUCGACAUCCUGGUUCAGAUGUGUGAGCAGACGGACAACCAGAGCCGCCUGCAGCACUACAUGGCCAAGUUCGCCGACCAGAACUUCGCUGACUUCCUGUUUCGCUGGUACAUGGAGAAGGGGAAGAGGGGGAAGCUGCUGUCCCAGCCGGCCGCUCAGCACCAGCAGCUGGCCAGCUUCCUGCAGGCGCACCAGCACCUGAGCUGGCUGCACCACAUCCACGUCCACGACUACCACAGUGCCCACAGAACGCUCUACAGCCAGGCCAACAUGGAGACGCGCUACUUUGUGAAGAAGAAGACGCUGCUGGCUCUCAGCAAGCUCACGGCGCUGGCGUCCGACCUGCCGGAGGACCAACUCAACAAACAAGUCGACGACAUGGUGGAGCAGGAGCGCUUCCUGCUGCAUCAGGAGACUCUGCCUCGACAGCUGCUGGAGGAGAAGCAGCAGAACCCCGACACCAUGCCUCUGCUCAGCGCUCACAACCUCAUACAGCUCUACAUCUGCGACGACAACAGAGGAGCCAACGAGUACGACUACAAGAAGGCUCUGGAUCUACUGGAGUACAUCGACGAGGAAGACGCCGUGGACAUCGACUCGCUGAAGUGCGAGAUCUUCGGCAAAGCGCUCAGGAGAGACGACUGGUCCUCGGCUGACGGGAACGACGACCCUCUGGAAGCCGCCAAGGACAGCAUCUUCGUCAAGAUCCUCCUCAAACUCACUCAGGAAGGCGUCCCUCUGCAGACGUACCUGCCCGACGUCAAAGAGCUGCUGGAGUCGGACGAUCUGAGCAGCUUGAAAUCAAAACCUUAUUUUGAAUUUGUCCUUCGGGCCAAUUAUGAACAUUACCUCCAGGCCCAGAUGUGACGGCUCCUCCCCUGAUAACACCCACUGCACUUCGGCUUCUGUUUGCUUUCUAAUCAUUUUCAGUAUUUGUCGUUCCUUUUCUAAAUAAAUGUGUGGAUUGUUUCUGUAGUUGGACUCUGAUAUUUGUACAGAUGCAUUUUAGCUGGUGGGGAAGUUCUGUUACUUGUGACUGGGUUCUGUUGUUAUUGACCGGCAUCUAGUGACAUUUCUGAAGCAGUGUUUUCAUUUGGUAAAAGAUUUUUUAAAAAGGAUGAAAGUGUGGGAAUUAAACUGUUGUUCAUAUUUAUCUACAGAGGAGAAGAAAUCAGAGGGAAGUGAAAUGAGACGGAUCUUCCAUCCAACACGUUUCUGUUUCUGUUUAUCACAGAAGAAACUAGUCAGAUAAUCUGGUUUUAAAUGAAGCUGUUAAAAACGAGGUAUGUGCAUGUCCAGAAAAACUCUUAAUCUGAAUCCAGGAUCAAAUCCAAACCUUGAAUCUGGGUUCGUCUUCCAGCAUCUGUAACGUAGAUUAAAAAUAGUAAUUAACAGGUUGUCAUCAUGUUUUCUAGGUGGAGAGAACGUGUUUGGAUGUUGGAUAA